AUGGCUGGGCCGCAGAGGCGUUCACGCACACACCACGCCAAGUGGGGGCGAAAGCGCGUCACCAAGGCAAAGGCCUUCACUCGUCAAAUUGACCAAAUCCAGCUGGUCGAUUUAUUGCCAGAGAGUCGGGCCAAGUUGGAGGCCCAGCCCGUUGAUCUAGAGCUACCAGGAUUAGGCCAGCAUUAUUGCGUUGAAUGCGCAAAGUACUUCGAAAGCGACGUUGCUUUAAAAUCGCACUGGAAAGGGAAGGUGCAUAAAAGACAGUGUAAGCGGCUUAGGGAACCUGCUUAUACCAUCGAAGAAUCGGAGCUGGCUGCUGGCCUUGGGCGGGAAGGCAAGCGGCCGCAAAAGGAGACACAAAUGGAAACUUGUUAG